AUGGUGAUGCCUUUUGGGCUUUCCAAUGCCCCUAGCACAUUCAUGAGGGUCAUGAACCAACUCCUGCGUCCAUUCAUUGGCAAAUUUGUAGUCGUGUAUUUUGAUGACAUCCUCAUUUAUAGCCCCGAUGAGAAGAUGCAUCUUGUGCAUGUUCGAGAUGUCCUUAUCACUCUUAAAUCCCAACAGUUCUAUGAGGUAAAGAAAAAGUGUGUUUUCUUCACAUCUAAGGUACUAUUUUUUGGUUAUGUUGUUUCAGGAGAAGGUAUACAAGUAGACGAGGCCAAGAUCAAGGCGAUACAAGAUUGGGCAACUCCAACAACUAUCACCGAGGUCCGAAGUUUCCACGGCCUUGCAUCCUUCUAUCGGCGGUUCAUCGCUUACUUCAGUAGCAUCAUGGCACCAUUGACUGAGUGCAUGAAGGGUAGCAAAUUUACAUGGACUGCCGACGCCGAGGCUACUUUCCGGUUGAUGAAGGAACGCUUGACCACCGACCUUGUCUUGGCACUUCUUGACUUCACCCAUCCAUUUUAG